AUGUUCGGUUUUCUAUCUAGUCCGCCCCCUUGGGAAGAGAUGUCGUGGUGGGGGGAGAAUGUCAUCUCUGACAAGACAAGCCAUAUGGCAUUGAUAUUGAAUAUGAAGACAGCACGGCUGCGCGCUGAGGUGGACGCUCUACUAAAGGGGGGUUCUAAGACAACGUCCAAGAUCGAUCGGGCUCUCAAUCUCUUGCAGCAAGCCCGCCAACUGCUAGCCAAGCUGACAAGCUGGGUGGAGAGCUCAUCGUCGACACACUACGCGCACAAAGUAGUCGGCUACAUCUCGCACGUACCCGACGACAGGCUGGCUGACGCCUUCGCCUUUCCCGGCUGGCUGUUCGACUACCCCGACUUGUGGGUGGCGGGGAAGCAUCUCAACACGAACGCAUCUCGCGUCGUCCUGGCCAGCAUCGUAGCCCGCUGCAUGGUGUGGGUUUGUGCACCGUGCGAUCCCACGGCCACAUCUGACUAUGCCGAGGUCGAACGCCUCGGCAAAGACGCUGUCGCCAGUGUUGUCUCCAGCGUUCCCUACUUCACCAAAUGGAGCGGCGACAGUACCACGACGCCGUUCUUUCCCUGCGGCGCGCCCACCGACCCCAAGUCCUUCGCCGGCAUGAUCUGCCUAUAUCCGCUGCUAGCGACAACCUUGAGCGAGUUCGCCACUGCUCGCCAGAAGAAGUUCAUACGCGGGAGAAUGGCCUAUAUGGCAGAGAUGACAGGCUUCAGACAGGCCGAACUAUUUUCAAGGAUGGGUAAGCCAUGA